GUUUGUACUGAGAUUGAAGCGCGUGAACGGCGUUCUGAUGCAAAGGUUUCCUGCGUUUGGAAUUAGAAUCGAGUUGACAGAAAGGCACCAAACCGACAAUUGCGGGGCACAACUAACAAGAAGCCUCAUUUUAACUACAUUCGGGCAAAAUUUCCAUCGCUUCCUUAUCUCAGAUCAACGACGUCCCCUUCAUUCAACAUUCGCCAUUUUCGAUGCAUGGAAAUCCAUUAGCUACGGGAGCUAAAGGCAAUCAGCCGGUCAAGCUCUUGAGAUAUCUGAUGCAGAGAUACCGACCAUGCACGCUCCAUCUACAGAUAGCCAUGUCCCCAAACAAUCUCUGGAGCGAUAGCUAAGACAUCUCGAUACCUAUCGUAAACACAAUCUGGAUUCGAAUCCGAAAUCCACCCGUAUGCCUUUCUUGUCGUUCCCGAGCUGCUCCAGAUGUACCCCUCCUUAGAUCUCAGAAAGGAAUAUCAUACCCCGCGCAUUUCCUAUUUCAGCAAUACAGUCCAUGGAGUACAUUGAGAAUACCUCAUAUGGCAAAUGUUCUUGCUACAGUGGGAUGGCUCAACACCUUGGUGGUCUUGCAUCAUCGGUAGCUAACAGUAGAGAUGGAUAUAUAAGAUGAAGGCAUCAUGGACGAAGAAAGCGAAUCUUUCCAGCUCAACACACACUCUUCUUAUCAUCUGCAGAAUACAAGAUAUACCUUGUGAUAACUUCAUAUUCACGAAUCAGCUCUAUUCAAACACUGUGCAAGUUACUGCGAGAAGAUAAGAACUCAAGCAAAGCCAAAUCAUCCAAAUCAUCCAAAUCCUCAUCAAAAGCUGAAAAAAUGUCUCUUCCAUUCACAUACCACGCCAAUGCUCAAACCGAGUUCAAGCCUCCUCUCAUUGCCAACGAGAAUGCAUUCCUCGGCGAUGUGUCCGUAUCUACCGACGAAGCUGCACCACUAUCAGCUGGCUUCUACAGAUUAGAAAAGGGCACGCCAUUGAUUUACGAAUACACAUACCACGAGAUGAAGAUUAUCGUUGAUGGAGAGUUUGAUAUUAGUGACGAAACUGGACAGAAGGUUCAUGCCACCAAGGGCGAUGUUUUCUACUUUCCAAAGGGAAGCAAAAUUACCUUUACUACCGAAACUUUCGGGUUAGGAUUCUUCGUUGGACAGAGAAAGACUGGAACCGCAUAAGAGCGGGAUAUCAGUUGACAGGAAUUGGAUAAUGGGAUAAUGGAUUAUGGAGUCUACCUACUGUUUGUAAAUACAAUUGGCAAUGUCAUGAAUUAUGAUGCACUACUUGACGAUCUCA